GGACAAAAAGCCACAAAACCGCGGCUACGCGUGCUCGAUAGCAUAAGCAACCAUCGGCACGAGCACUCUGCACGUUUUGCCUGCGACAAUCAACCCUUACCGUGCCCGCCGAGAGGCGCCACAGCCUGUUUUGACUCUGCCACUGGCACACGGCUGAACACUACAAUGGAGCCAGCCCGCGUCGCAGCCUUGCGCGCCACCAAAGCGCUUUUUGAUGAUGGCGUCCUCGACCAGCAGGAAUACGAAGCCAAAAAACGCGAGCUGCUCCACGCGCCCGCGCAGCAGAGCGUCACGCCGCCGCCGGCAGCACCGCUCGUCGUCCGCGUCCCGAAGCCGCUGCGCUGGCGCCGGUCGCGCCGCGUCGCCACGACGGAACAUGGAGGCAAAACGCUCCUCCUCGCCUUCUGCAAGGGCCGCGCGUGCUUGGAUAACCAAGCGUCGAAAUUCCUCGCGCCGCACGAGUUAAGGGCCGUCCCCUGCGCGUCCAAGACCAUCCAUACUGAAUUACAGAGGGUCGACUACACCUUCGCGCGCGGCUUGGUGCAGACGCAGCCGAGCGCGCCGUGGCCGCAUUUCCCCGGGUUAUUUCGCGGGAAGAUUGUGGGCGGCCUCUUCAAGCACCAAUUAGCGUCGCUACGAGCGAUGCGGUUGUUAGAGACGCAUACGCGGCAGUUCGGCAAAUUGAGGGGAGGCGUGCUGGCCGACGCGCCUGGUCUGGGCAAGACCGUGACGGUCCUAGCUCUCAUCCUACAAACAAGUGGAGAGCUCCCGUCGUCGCCGGAGGCCUUCUGGGAUUCUACAACUAUCGACGAGUCCUUCGCGGCUCUGAUCAAGAGCGAGUCGGAGCUAAGGAGGGAGUGUUUGCGGGGCCUGCGGUCGGUCAUAUCUUAUAGAGACACGUGGCAGCGGAAGUCGUUACCUUACAAUGAGGCUGAUCAACUACUGCAUUCCUCAUUACCGCCCUUCCCCUUCCAGAGUGUGUCAGCGCUCGAAGCGCAUGUCAGAAGAGGCGCGUCGCGACUGCGCUACGCGACGCCCGCGAUACGCGACGACAUCAAGCUGGAUUUUGCGCAUGCCAUGGCUCUCACAAGGUGCAGGUUAGACGGUAAAAGAAGAUCAGCUUUGUUAGGCGGCGAAGGGAAACGAGCCCUGGCCGAACGGGCCCUCAAGCCGACGGGCGGCACUCUGAUAGUCGUACCGGACGCUCUCCUAGAACACUGGCGCGCGCAGAUUGGAAGGCAUGUGGACUUGAGGAGGCUGGCGCCGUCGUUCGGCGACGGUCGGAGCGGCGACGGGUGCUGCUUCGUCUAUGGGUGGGGUUGUGCGUCGCGGUGGCACCCCGACUUCCAGCGAGGUUCUAGAGAAAGGCAUCCUCGCUUACCGUCAGCUUCGGACUUGAGACGCUUUUUAAUAGUAGUAGUGCCGUUCUCUGUGUGUCGCGACGCGGCUCGCCAGGACCAGGACUUUCGGCGGGCUGCUGAAAGACGAAUCUACAGGCACGGAAACGCGCAGGACGCCGAGUCCUCUCCACUCUUACAGUUGAGGUGGUUGAGACUAGUCGUCGACGAGGGCCACGAGCUCGUAGGCGGCGACGGCGACCUAGAACAGGCAACGUCGUCGUUCAUCGCCGAGUUAUUUGCGGAGCGACGGUGGGUGGUCUCGGGAACACCAACAACAGGUGAUGUGGACGAUCCCGCUAUCGUGAGGUCGCAUUUGUAUCAGCUCCAAAAGUUGCUCAAGUGGCUGAGACAUCCGAGGUACGGCUUGGACGCGGAUCCUAGAUUAGAUACACGAGAAGACGCGGCCGACGACUCCGAGAGGAGGAAGGCUCUUUUUGAGUCCGAAGUGAUGGCGCCGUUCUGUGACCAGCAGUCUGAAUCUGCCAGAGCGACACUAGUAGCUUUGUUAAGGACAGUCACCGUACGACAUAGAAAAACUGAUUUGAAGCUACCAUCACCGGUCUACGAGAACUACGAGGUCGAAGUAGCCUUACGACCGGGCGAGACGCCGGACGACGACUCCUACCAGUGGCGCGUCGACGAGGCCCUCGCGGACUUUGUUUGUCGUACCAAAGCAAAUCACAGGAGGCCGAAGAUCGCCGUCUUUUCCCAGCGGGAUGGGGAUCUGGCGUCCGUCGCGGAGGCGUUGUAUGCUAGACUACAUGGCGGCAUCGCCGAAUUCGACGUCCAGCGCUUGGGCCACCAGGCGUCGGCGCGCGAGCUCGUGCGGUUCCAGACCGAUCGGAGAGAAGUGCGCAAGUGCCCGCGGUGCUGGAGGGAAAAUGACGUCGACCGGAAAUCGUGUCAUCACGCUUUACUGGAGGUUCUACUGCUCGACGACGACGAACUGGCGCGGAGGCGGGGCGACGCGUUGCACGCCAAUUUACCAGAAGCGGAGCGUAUUAACUGUGGCCGGCGGUUGUUAAUUGAGCCGGAACGGAUCGUAGGUUUAGUUGCGACGCAGACGCCGACGGCGUCCCCCCAAGUCUAUGCUGAUGAUUGGCGGGCCUGGACCGUCGGGGAUGAACUGCUCAUUACGUUGGACGAUGGCAGUUUUGCACCUCGUAAAGAUGCGGAGACCUGGCGGGACUGGGGCUGCCGCGCGUGUGUUGAGCGGGCGGCACGGGAACAAUUCGAAAGUGCGGACUGGUUCCUCGGGCCGCUGCGGCCGCCCCAUUCCAUUGUUGAGGGCGCGGUGCGCGUGCGCUUGCUCAAGUGGGCGCGCUGCGGCCAGUGGCACGGGCCUAGGUGGUACCGGGGACCCAAAUUAGAGGCGCAAAAAGUGCUUGUUGAAAGGGAGGACGUGCCGAUCCUAUGUUUGACGCGCCAGGCGUCGCACGGCCUCGACUUGUCGUUCCUGACGCACGUGGUCCUGCUCGAGCCGAUCCGCGACUCCGCUCUCCUGGAACAAGUCGUGUCGCGCGCGCACCGCGUCGGCGCGACGCAAUCGGUCCGCGUCGCAACUUUACAAGCGUUCGUCGCCGGCUCGAAGCGCCCCGAAAAAAAUUACAUCUGCGACCACUGCUACAAGUCUUUUGCUAUUGAGGCCGUCGCCGACGCCCAUAUGCUCAAGUGCUCGCGGAACCCGAACGCGACGGACGUGCCCGCCUGGCGGCGCUUCACGAUGAGCGCGGUGUUUGAUGAGUUGCGCCCGCCGGCGGCGACCUAGUUUUUAUCAAUAAGUCAUAGUUGUGUUUU